UGCUUAUUAUGGAAAAUGGAAAACGACCGUAAACAUCAUCGAGGCGAGAGCUGGAGUAGAGUGCUGCGUCGACGUCGUGAAAAGUUAAGAACCAUGUCGAGUUGAUGUAACACAUUGAUUACAAAUGCCAAGCUUUCUCAGCGUAGCGUCUCUGGGCAAGCUUUGUUCUAGCAAAAUCAAUUCUCCAGCAAGGAGUUAACGUUGAAUAAGAACCCGUAGGACGUCAAGAUGGGGGAUCACAACAACGAUGACCAGAGCAGGGCUCCGCCCAAUCCACUAAAAUCAAGAAGGUCAAACAUAAAAGCUUUUGUGUCGUUCAAGAACAGCACGGACAGAAUCGUGGAUGUGAUAUGGAUGAACUUUGCUGGGCAGAGACAGACGUACACAGAGAACGGUCUAGCGCCAGGGCGUCAGCUGAACAUGCACACCUUCGAGGGCCACCCGUGGAUCGUACGAGACAAGGUCACAGGAGACACGUUGGAGUUUGUUGAUCAUGGUGUCGGGAGGCUGAUCUACAUGCCAGAACCAUGGGACGGAGGAAGGUUUUACAGGGCUCCUAUCGUCAAGAUAAGAGUUCCGAUCUACAGCCUAUACGAGAGAUCGUUACAAAUCGUCAGACAGCUAAUCCACAACCAAGACAACGUUGACGAACUUGAGAUCCCUAAACAAGUCAAGUAUGAUCUCUGUCACGUGCGGGACAUCAUUCCUCAAGCUCCGUGAAAAACCAUCAUCGUACUACCUCGUUCCCGCUGUUUUGCGAUCCAUUACGAAUGCCCUGGUAGGCCCUUCGUAAGUAAUCACAAAACUUUGGGAACCAUUCAAAUAUUGUUAUGGUCAAUACGAUUGCUACAAUGAUCUGAUACGAUGACUACGAUUGCUCCAUGAAUAAGGCCACCGUGGCGUGAAUCGUGACAGUGCGAACAAGGUAUGAGAUGAUUGAAGAUCUUGAACUUACCAACCUUGAUCUAUUUGAUAGAUCGUUGCCUGCUGGAUCAGGUCUAUCAACAAAGCAUCUGAGAAAUACAGACUUCCGCGAUUAUUGGGUAAAGCGUAUGGGAAGAACACAUGUCAGGAGGAAGGGGAUUAAGGUACUAGAAAGUGUUCUCGAAGUUGCGUGAAAAUCCAGUGAUGGUGCUCCCUGCUGGAUCGAGUCUGUCAGGUGCGAAAAGCGUCUGAGAAACACUGAGUUCCGCGAUUGUCGGAUGAAGCGUAUGGGAAGAACACAGGUCAGCAGGAAGGGGAUUAAGGUACUAGAAAGUGUUCUCGAAGUUGCGUGAAAAUCCUACAGUGAUGGUGCUCCCUGCUGGAUCGAGUCUGUCAGGUGCGAAAAGCGUCUGAGAAACACUGAGUUCCGCGAUUGUUGGAUGAAGCGUAUGGGAAGAACACAUGUCAGGAGGAAGGGGAUUAAGGUACUAGAAAGUGUUCUCGAAGUUGCGUGAAAAUCCUACAGUGAUGGUGCUCCCUGCUGGAUCGAGUCAGGUGCGAAAAGCGUCUGAGAAACACAGAGUUCCGCGAUUGUCGGAUGAAGCGUAUGGGAAGAACACAGGUCAGCAGGAUGAGGGUUAACGUACUGGAAAGUGUUCCGGAAGUUGCGUGAAAAUCCUUCAGUGAUGUGACAUCGAAAUUACACUUCUGCCCUCACAGGGCUGAUCUCUGAAAUCAGCAGAGGGAGAGAACC